AGUUGUUCCGGCGCAGGCCGCCCUGGGACCCGCGCUCGACUCGGGCCCGCCCUCGGUCCUCCACCCUCGGAGAGUCGCCGCCUGCCGCCCCCGAGCCCCGAGACGCGCAGGCAGGGUGGCCACUGCGGAAGGUGUGGAUGUGCCUGACAAGAUGAAGAGCCGAAUCCCUGUGGUGCUCCUGGCUUGUGGCUCUUUCAACCCCAUCACCAACAUGCACCUGCGCUUGUUUGAGGUGGCCAGGGACCAUCUACACCAGACAGGAAUGUACCAAGUGGUCCAGGGCAUCAUCUCACCCGUCAAUGACAAAUAUGGGAAGAAAGACCUGGUGGCUUCCCAUCACCGAGUAGCCAUGGUCCGGCUGGCCCUGCAGACAUCUGACUGGAUCCGGGUGGAUCCUUGGGAGAGUGAGCAGGCACAGUGGAUCGAAACAGUGAAGGUGCUGAGGCAUCAUCGCAGUGAACUGCUCAGCUCUCUACCCCAGAUGGAAGAUCAAGACCCCAGGACAGCACCGUCAGCCCCUGCAGCUGUACCUGAGCUGAAACUCCUCUGCGGGGCAGAUGUCCUGAAGACCUUCCAGACCCCCAACCUCUGGGAAGAUGCACACAUCCAGGAAAUCGUAGAGAAGUUCGGCUUGGUGUGCGUGAGUCGGUCAGGUCACGACCCAAAGGGCUACAUCUUGGACUCGCCCAUCCUCCGGCAUUUCCAGCACAACAUUCACCUGGCCAGAGAGCCUGUGCAGAACGAGAUCAGCGCCACCUACAUCAGGAGGGCCUUGAGCCAAGGGCAGAGCGUGAAGUACCUCCUCCCGGACGCCGUCAUCGCCUACAUCAAGGAGCACAGCCUCUACACCAAGGACGGUUCCUGCAAAGGCCAAGGCACCCAAAGGAGCAAAGGAAAAACAAGCUAAGAGUGACUCCUGGGGCGUGGGCUAAGGGUUUUGUGUGAUUUGGUUUGGGCGUUUCCAGUUCUCAUUCGUUUUACUUCUAUAGUGACUUUACCAUGGAUGACUCUGCUCCAGGAAGAGAGCCCUUCUCACUCCACAGCAAGGAUAGACAUGUAUUGGAGCAAUUUAAAUGAUGUGGCAGGCCCAGGAUUAGGCAAAUCUCUCAGGUCCACUGAUGAGGAGGCCUCCUUAUUUUGUGUAAACGGCAAUUACCGGAUGCACAUUGAAUGCUGUUCUGAAUGUGGCAGGUCCCCGCGGGUCAGAUCACAAUUGCGUCCAUGCAUUUUUUUAACCAGGGCCAGGUGCAGCAUGCUGGUCUUGAUUGGCAGGAUCUGACAGGAUGCUAAUUACUGAACAGAGAGCCUUGUCACUGGCCUCAGUUCAAACAAAAUAAUGCCAUGUGAGGAGGCAAGAAUCUGGAAACAGCACUUUAUGGACUUCCUUACACCCUCCCUUACACUGCUGCCUGCCGACUGGCCGGUCGUGAAAUUUUUAACUGAACUCUUUCUAUGUUGUAAUCGUCAAGCAAUAUUUUUGAUAUAGCAGGUAUUUUUGCACUACUGUACUCUAAACACCAGAGCUCCUGGUUUCCCGGUUUCUAAAAAGGAACUGAGGUAAAACAGAUGCUUGUCGGUUUCCGAAGAUCUUUGUGAAUGUUUUAUGACUGCCUGCCUGUUUGAAUAUUGGCAAAGGGAUAAAUAAUAA